CUAUGUUUGUGCGCCCUCAUCACAAGAAGCGCUUCAGGCAGAUGUGCCAAGACCUGACUGGAAUGAGUUGCCCCGAGGACAGCAAGGAGCUCCCGUUGCCAGCCCAGGAGCACGGCUUUUUGGGUCCUGAGGGUUCGUGUCCUGCGACAGAAGAGGCUGAAAUUCAGGCUGGAGCUGCUGCCCCAACCCCAGGCUCCUCCAAGAGUGAAGCACUGAAGAAGUCUCCAGGCACAGCUUGUCCCGCCGUCUGCUCUGAAUCACGGGUGAACGAAACAGUUGGCAGUUCCAGUUGGGUACGACCGCCGACAGGCUCCGACGUGGCACCGUUGUCACCAGUAAAUAGUUGCCAGGAAAUGCCCAGAAUGCCAAGCUGAUACCAACAGGAGACAUUUAACGGUGCCUUACUGGCCAGAACUCCCAGGAGCAAGCCAUACAGUGCCAACAUCGUCUGCUUAGCGAGGCAAAAACUUGCCCGUGGAAAGGAACCAAGACGCACACUUCCCUUUGCUCCUUGGACUGCUUCGCCUGCUGUCGUCCUUCCCUCUGCUCGUUGAUCGUAAAGAGGUCUUCCCCUUCCUCUUGCAGAAGAAGCUGGAAGAGAAGCAGUCUGGGCCUGAGGAUUAAACGGCACCAGUCUUUUAAAAUAUACCUUUUUGUAUCUUUCAGCCGCU